UUGAGUAGGCUAGUGUUUUGCCAAAUAUAAAAAAUCACGGAACAAAGAGUCACAUUCUUGACCGGAUGUUCGGUUGGAAGACAUGUUGAUUUGUCAUGAAAGAUUGAGAGGCGAUUUUGUCAAUUCGUCAAAAGUGUUUUGUUUAGAAAGAUUUGUACAAAAUUAUAUAGUAAGUUUAGUGAUAACGUGCUGUGUACCGUGAUAAUAGUAUAAUGUUUGAUAUAUGUUUACUUAAAUAAGUUUUUUAUAAAGAAACUUUUUUUAGGACCUUCGUAGUUAUUUGAACUCCCUUCACGGGGACGAAAUGCAAGUAAACGUGGCGGGGCUAAGGAGAAAUAUCAAGAAUCUUGCGCACAACUACUCUGAUGCUCAGGUAAAAGUGCGCGAAGCAACAUCGAACGACCCAUGGGGCCCGUCCAGUACGCUGAUGGCGGAGAUCGCCGACCUCACGUACAACGUGAUGGCGUUCACGGAGAUCAUGCAGAUGAUAUGGAAGCGGCUCAACGACCACGGCAAGAACUGGCGGCACGUGUACAAGGCGCUGGUGCUCAUGGAGUACCUGAUCAAAACGGGCAGUGAGAAGGUGGCGAUGCAGUGUAAAGAGAAUAUAUUUGCGAUACACACGCUGAAGGACUUCCAGUAUAUGGAGGAGGGGAAGGAUCAAGGUCUAAACGUCCGUGAGAAGGCGAAGCAGUUAGUCCACCUGCUGAAAGACGAGGAGCGGCUGAAGAACGAGCGUGCGCGUGCGCUCAAAGCGAAGCAGCGCUUUGCACAAAGCGCUAGUGCGUUUGGUAGUGACGGAGCGCUUGAUACCCCCUCGAGUCCUACGUAUCCUGCGCUCGGCAGCGGCGGUUCCCUGGGCUCAGCCGGUGCAGCCGGCUCCGGGGGCUCCGGGGGCUCGUGGUCGGGGCGGGAGGCCGAGCUGGCGCGGCCGCUGACGGCGGGCGAGGAGGAGCUGCAGCUGCAGCUGGCGCUGGCCAUGUCGCGCGAGGAGGCGGAGCGCGAGGAGAGGCGGCGCCGCUCGGACGACGUGCGCCUGCAGCUCGCCAUCAGCCAGUCGCAGAACGACUUCCACUCGCUGGCCAUGUCGCGCGAGGAGGCGGAGCGCGAGGAGAGGCGGCGCCGCUCGGACGACGUGCGCCUGCAGCUCGCCAUCAGCCAGUCGCAGAACGACUUCCACUCGCUGGCCAUGUCGCGCGAGGAGGCGGAGCGCGAGGAGAGGCGGCGCCGCUCGGACGACGUGCGCCUGCAGCUCGCCAUCAGCCAGUCGCAGAACGACUUCCACUCGCUGGCCAUGUCGCGCGAGGAGGCGGAGCGCGAGGAGAGGCGGCGCCGCUCGGACGACGUGCGCCUGCAGCUCGCCAUCAGCCAGUCGCAGAACGACUUCCACUCGCUGGCCAUGUCGCGCGAGGAGGCGGAGCGCGAGGAGAGGCGGCGCCGCUCGGACGACGUGCGCCUGCAGCUCGCCAUCAGCCAGUCGCAGAACGACUUCCACUCGCUGGCCAUGUCGCGCGAGGAGGCGGAGCGCGAGGAGAGGCGGCGCCGCUCGGACGACGUGCGCCUGCAGCUCGCCAUCAGCCAGUCGCAGAACGACUUCCACUCGCUGGCCAUGUCGCGCGAGGAGGCGGAGCGCGAGGAGAGGCGGCGCCGCUCGGACGACGUGCGCCUGCAGCUCGCCAUCAGCCAGUCGCAGAACGACUUCCACUCGCUGGCCAUGUCGCGCGAGGAGGCGGAGCGCGAGGAGAGGCGGCGCCGCUCGGACGACGUGCGCCUGCAGCUCGCCAUCAGCCAGUCGCAGAACGACUUCCACUCGCUGGCCAUGUCGCGCGAGGAGGCGGAGCGCGAGGAGAGGCGGCGCCGCUCGGACGACGUGCGCCUGCAGCUCGCCAUCAGCCAGUCGCAGAACGACUUCCAAUUAAAGCGCUAUUUGCGUAGACCACCGAAGUGCUGGGUGUUCGGCACCGUCGACUGCUUUCCGAAUGUAAUUCAGUUAGUGACGUCACUUGAGUUUGUGCCUACUUGCGCGAGUAGCUUGCGCAAGAGGUCAUCGCCCACAGGAAGCGGUGGUGCGGUGGGUGCGGUGGGUGGGGCGAGUGGGACUACCAACGGGCAGCAAUCCCACCUGCUCGAUUUACUCGAUGUCACCCUGCCACAGGAGCCCUGGCCGCAGGAGCAGAAGCAGCCGGAUACAUUGGAUGUUAGUAUAUUUUCGGAUUCAAUGGAUACAAGUUCAGAAGCGUGGUCGGGUGUGAACAGUCCGGCGCGCGACCCGUGGGCUCCGUUGGCGGCUAACUCUAAUCCUGACCCUUGGGCACCGUUGGCUCAGAGCAAAUCACCCGUAUCGGUGAUAUCAUCCCCGUCCUCUGAGUUGGACCAGUUCGACGCGCUGUCGCAGCGCCCGGUCCAGCGCAGCGCGCACGAAGCUGAUCCCUUCGAUUUGUCUGCGCUUAACGACAACCUGACCCCCAGCAGCACGGGGGCCAGCACGGGCGCGAUCAAGAAGUCCCCUUCAGCGUUCCUCGGCGAGAACUCGUCGCUGGUGAACCUGGAGCGGCUGCUGCCCCCCGCGCCGCCCAACCCCUUCGCCGCCGAACCCCCCAAGCAGAUGUUCGCAACCCCGCAGCCGGCAAAACUAUCGAUCAACGAGAUAAAGCAGCAGCAAAUGGGUCUAGCGCCGAACCUCAGCUUCCCCUCCUCAUCGCCAGCCUUCUCCUCCCCCCUCACACUCGGCACCAUGGCCCCAAUUAACAACACCAUGCCCUCACUGAACAACACGAUGGCUCCAUUAAACAACACUUUACCCCCGUUAAACAACACGAUGACCCCGUUAAACAACACGAUGGCCCCGUUAAACAACACGAUGCCCCUUCUAAACAACACCAUGGCCCCGCUAAGCACCGCAGCGCCGUUAAGCUCCACGAUGGCCCCACUUGGCAACAGUAUGGCCCCACUCGGGAACAGUAUGGCCCCGCUUGGGAACCUGGGGCUAGGACCCGGGGCCCCAGCGUCUGACCCGUGGGCCCCCGCAAGGUCCUCGUCCCCGUGGUCCCCGCCGCCCACAAGGCACACGCCGAACCCCUUCCUGUCCUAGCCACUAAGAGCCGCGUAGCAGCUGGUCGUCGCCCCGCACCGCCUCGCUUCACACCGACGGGACUGUGCUAGAUAGAUAUAUAUAUUUUUGUAACUACCCGCAUCCGAUCGAAGUAGUAUUUUUGUAACUACCCGCAUUUUUUGUUGAGCCUUCUAGACGCGGACUGUAUUGACAAACGAAAAUAGGUGAAAAUAUGUUUUUUUCUAAUGUAAUAAAAUGGUUUUUAUCUGUGGCAGCUGCAUUGACUCAGUUUUUUAAUGCUCUGAUGAUUAAUAUAACAAAAUACUAAAAAAAAACACGCUUUAAUAAGACGAACUCAUGAAAAUAUUGUGUUAUCAACAAUCUUUGAUAAGUGUACAAUGUUUGAAUUUAAUCUAUCCGUUUAAACUUGGUCAAAAUCGAGUCUUAAAGGAGUUGGUUACAUACAAACAUAAAGUGUUAACAUACACAGUGUUAAAAAUCGUCUAGCUAGAAGGCUGAUAACUUAGUUGCCUUUAAAAUUAAAUAUAUUAAGGAUACAAAAUUAUGCUUUUAUUAAUUUAUUUUAUUAAAUAAUAAUGGAUUUUAUUGAAGCUAUUGGUUAGGGUCGUAAAAAUGGAUAUGGUGUUAAGCUAUCAUUCAGAUAGUUUUAUUAAUUUUGGUUGAGCGUGUUUGGAUUUGUAAUACAUAACGUUACUCCAACAUCAUUGCUACUACAAUAAAAUUAAUAAUUGAAAGUAAAUAUUGCAAUAUAUUAAAUAAAAGAAAGACUCACUUUGAAUAGAAAAACCGAAAAAGUAAACUUAUUUAAACUAAUUGAAAUACUCGACUUUUCAUCUAUAAAUUUAUAAAAAGAGGGAUCUAAAAAAAUACAAACUUUCAAAUGAAAAAGUUGAUAGAAAAAUGCAUUAAAACUCUUAUAAUAUAU